AUGCGGUUCUUGAGGGUUUGUUUCCUUGUGUUGGCUGCGACCAUCGGCAGCGCUGUCGAGUACAAAAGCGGUAUGUAGGGAUAAGAUUCAUAUAUGGGGCAUUGUAGAUGAUGGAAUCAUAACCGUCACGAUUGGCGAGAAAAACGCGACAAACGUCGAGCUAGCCUUAAAUUUCGACGAAAAUGACGUUUAUGUGUUUGGGCCAGCAUGUAAAAACGCCGAUACGUGCACAACACGAUAUCACAAUGUGUACGAUCCAUCGUAAGUGUAAUAAUUCAAAUUUAGAAGAGGUCCGAGCUCAUACGAAUUGAAUAUUUUUAGCAAGGACUCGAAGAAAGUGUCUAAAAAGAGCACUUACGGACCUUAUGAAUACUCUCAAUACGAUGACGUUCAAGUCGCGGUAAGUCACUUGAAUACGUAGACGUCCAUGUAGGGUGAAGUAUUGAUUUACGGGUUCUUUUUCAGAUCGGAGACGUCAAAACACCACUAUCCGUAAAUGUUAUCACUGGACUGAAAGAAGAUGCAAAUAUCACCGAUGCUUCUGUUGAUGGGAGUCUUGGACUUGGGAUUGCACAAGGUGAAAAUUCAACAUUCUCAAAGCUGGUUUCUGCCAAUGGCAACAGCUCUUACUUGUUAAUCAUAGGCGGAAAUCCUAAGGUGAGGCGUUAAUGGAAACAUGAUAACAAAAAGGUUUAGACAAAGAGCUCAAAAGGCAAGAUCGUCGUAGGAGAACAAGAUAACGUCGCAUGUGGAGCGUUCAGUUCUGUAACUACUGAAACUGCGACCAAAUGGGUCAUCAAGACAAAGUAAGCCUGUUAGCAUUUUAGUCAUUUUAAUUUAAAAAAAAAGACAUUGAUCAUGAAAAUUUAUUUUACUUCAGAGCCACUUUUGAGAAGGAUCCCAUUGAUGUUACCGUGAAUUUCGGUUUCGGAUCUCUCGCAUUCAGUAGCAACAUAACCGAACGAUUCUACAAGGCGGACAACAUUAAGCAAAAGGAUUACGAUGAGUUCAAGGAUAUCACUAUCCAGGUGAAAAACAUCACUGUGACCAUCACCAAAGACCUUCUUUAUAAAAAGGUCGGAGACAAGUUCCAGAAACGGUUCAUUACAUCAGUUGACGAUAUAUCACUCUCACGGGAAGUUUUGAACAACUACUGCGUCAGACUCGAAAAGGACGGCUCCACAUACAGCGUUGGGGUUGGCGAGCGCAAGAACUCAGUGGGCGUCAUCAUGGCCAGCCUUGGAAUGAUUUCAUUUAUGUUGUCUUUGUUGCGGUUGUAA